AUGGAGGAAACGAAGGAGAGAAAGAUUGUAGUAGCAGUGGACGAAAGCGAAGAGAGCAUGGAAGCUCUUUCGUGGAGUCUUGACAAUCUUUUUCCAUAUGGUUCCAAUAAUACUCUCAUCCUCCUCUACGUCAAGCCUCCUCUUCCCGUUUACUCUUCCAUUGAUGCCGCUGGGUUUAUAGUGACCGGAGAUCCGGUUGCAGCCUUAAAGAAAUAUGAACACGAGCUCGUGGAAUCUGUCAUGGCUCGAUCUCGAACCGUGUACCAAGACUUUGAAUCCGAUAUAAAUAUAGAGAGAAGAGUAGGGAGAGGAGAUGCUAAGGAAGUAAUAUGCAACGCAGUUCAGAAACUUGGAGCUGAUAUGUUAGUAAUUGGCACACAUGACUAUGGCUUCUUCAAAAGGGCUUUACUAGGCAGUGUGAGCGAGUAUUGCGCCAAACGAGUCAAGUGUCCUGUGAUUAUCGUGAAGAAAGCAAUCUCAAAUUAG